AUUACCGAGCGAAAAUUGAAAUGUGCGAUGGCAUCGACCCCUACGAACUGUGCAUCGGUGAGGACGCUGCACCGAACAUCGAUCUGCUGCCUGCCAUGACACACGGCGACAUCGUCAAUUAUUUGGUGCUUUCGACAAGCCACGUCACUCUGCAGCAGAUGAAGGCCUACAAGUCACUGAACAGCCACAACUACUUCACCGGCGGAUGGGUAAAGAGUGUAGCAGCAAACCAGCUUGCAUUGCAGCGUGUCAUUGUUCUAAGCGAGGAGCUGUUUGCAGGGUAUUUCACCCGAAAAGAUGCACCGGAGGCUGGCACUAGCUCCCAAAAACCUGUCUACUGUUACUGUCAAGGCCCAGAGACAGGGAAAAUGGUGGCAUGUGAUGGGGAACUCUGCUGAUACAAAUGGUUACACUACACCUGCAUUGGACUAAAGCGAGCACCGAAGCAGAAACUCUGGUUUUGUGCAGAUUGUGAGCCACUAAAGAAAGCAUAGAAGAGUCCCAAUGGCAGGCAUUCAGGUUUUCAGUGGACAGAAACAAUUACUAGCACUACCCAUUCAUUUGUCGCUCCACAUGAAUGUUCACCAUCUUGCCUAAAUUUCCGUGUUGCAUUGCACAAAUCCACACUGGGCUCAAGCGAGAAAGUGCUGCAUAUUACUUUGUGUAUCAAACA